AUGGUGUCUAACGGGCGUCAAAUGCUGGGCCUCAUUUUGGCAUUGGCUGGGUUUGUGGGGACAAUUCUUAUGUGUAGUUUGCCAGCCUGGAGAGUGUCAGCUUUCAUUGGGGCCAACCUUGUGACUUUCCAAAUUUAUUGGGAAGGCUUAUGGAUGAACUGUGUAGUGGACAGCACAGGGGAGAUGCAGUGUUUGCCCUAUGACUCUCCCCUUGCUCUUGAUCAGGAUCUACAGGCAGCUCGUGCCAUGGUGAUCAUCGCCAUUAUUGCUGGAAUCUCUGGAAUUAUGCUAUCUUUUGUAGGUGGGAAGUGCACCCACUUUGUUCCAAAUGAGGAAUCUAAGGCUAAAAUUGCCAUUGCUGGUGGAAUCAUGUUUAUCAUUUCAGGACUUCUUGUCCUUAUUCCAGUUUGCUGGAUUACAACUAGUAUCAUCAGGGACUUUUACAACCCUGCCCUCGUGGAUGCCCAGAGGAGGGAACUGGGCUCUUCCCUCUACAUUGGCUGGGCAUGUGCUGGCCUGCUCUUUCUGGGUGGAAGUCUCCUCUGUAGCUCAUGUCCACCAAAGGAUGAUUCUCCCUAUCGUGUAACAUAUUCACAGGCCAAAUCUGUUGACAGCAGCAAAGUUUACGUGUAA